UUAAUUUUCAAUUUCAUCUUUAAAAUCUUUAAAAAUUUCAAGCGAAAAUGGACAACAGUAAAGGGAUUUAGUUUGAAUUUUUAUUAAAAUGGAAACUAGACAACAAGCUUCGAAAAAGAAAACUAUUGAUGGCAAAGCUGAAUGCAACAAAUCAAAUUCAGUUACAAAAGACGAUAAGAAAAACGAAAAAUUAAGGAAAAAACAGGAGAGUAAAAGCAAGAAGAAGUCCACAAGUACUUCAAGAGACUCAAAAAGCCAAAGCUCAUAGCUAUCCAAAAAAUCAAGUUGUAAAUCUUUUUUGAACUAAGAACUGAUCUAAGAACAU